GCCAUGCUAUAGCAUUCUAUGUGUUUUGGUCUUGCCGGUGCAUGACUGCUAUAGCAUUUGUUAUUGUAAAUAUUGAUUUAGGGUCAAAAAUGAAACUUUUUGUGAUGUACAACUAUACUACCUCUUUGGUGGUAUACCAUAAUAUCUUUAUCACACUUGCGCUUAUCGGACAAACCCGCCAAAUUCAUAAUACAACGUAUUUUGUUAUCAAUUAUCAUUAUGAUUAUUAUCCACAAACGAAAAGCAACAAAAUUUUAAAAACAUUACUACUAAAACAUUUUACUUUUUUAUUUAAGAUUUUUAUAUUUAAACGUAUUUUAUUAAAUAUAUUAUUAUAAUGGAUGAAGAUAGCCGAAUACUGGAAAUGUUAGAUGACGUGGAAAAUGGUAAGUCGCUUAAUAUUGUUGGUAUUAGGGAUAUAUAAAUUAAAACUAACCAUAGGUAUUAUGUGGUUAUUGUUAUAUUUUAGAUAAUUUUUCAACAUCUGGCGAAUCAUAUGCAGAAGAUUCUCAUCAAAGUGAUGGUAAUUCGUACAUAACUGACAGUGAUGCUGAACAUUCUACAACACUGUCAAGCUCAAAUAUAAGUUAUACUAGUCCGGAUAUUGCAGUUGCUGCAAAUAACAUAAAUAAUAAUGAUAAUGAAAUUGACAGUGAUAGUGUGGUAAGUUCUGAUUCUAACACUGAUACAGAAGAGGAUGAAAGUGAUUGGGAAGAUGAGAAAUUUGGUAAUAUACAAGAUUUUGAAUUUGAUGUUAGUACAGCUGGAACAAAAUUUGAAAUAAACAAUGAGACUUCAGCUAUUGAUGUUUUUUUUAAAUUUUGGGAUGAGGAAGUAUUCAACUUAUUACUUACAUGCACUAAUAACUAUGCAAAAAAAAUUGGCACUUUAACUCGUCCUCAUACAAAAGGUAGUAGAGCUAAAAAUAUUACAAAAAUUACUCGAGAAGACUUAGAAAAAUUUAUUGGAUUAUGUUUACUCAAGAGUCAGUUGAAAAUCCCAAUAUUACGAAAAGCAUUUAGCAAUAACCCAAUGUAUUACCAUCCCAUUUUUAAUUAUACUAUGUCUGGUAGAAAAUUUGAAAAAAUUCUUAGAUGUUUUAAUAGCUCCGAAGGUAUUUCUAUAAAUCCUUGUGAUAGAUUACAUAAAGUUUCAACAUUAGUUGACAUACUAAAAAACAAAUUUCAAUCUAAUUUCAGCCCUUAUGAGGCUCUAUCUUUGAAUGAGUCCAUGUUGCUUUGGAGAGGGCGACUAUUAUUCAGACAAUAUAUAAAAAAUAAAAAAAACAAAUAUGGAAUUAAAUUUUUUGAGUUAUGUACACCUGACGGUUAUGUACUGAAUACUGAAAUUUAUAAAGGAAAGACUGAUCAGGUGUCAAAUGGUUCAAAAAUAAAUGAUCUAGUCAUCAGAUUGAUGAAACCAUAUCUAAAUAAGGGUCACCAUUUAUACAUGGACAAUUUUUAUAACUCAGUGGAUUUGUCAAAUAUUUUAUAUAAGAAGAAAACUCAUACAACAGGCACAUUAAGAAGUAAUAGAAAGAAAAAUCCAAAAUCAAUUACAACAAAAACUUUGAAAUUGAAAUUUGGUCAACAUGUUUUUGCUAAAAAGGGCCCAAUUUAUGUCAUUCGCUGGAGGGAUAAACGGGAAGUGCUAUCAAUUACAACUGGACACAAACCUGAGAUGGUUUCAGUCAAAAAUAAAUAUGGACAACAAAAAAUGAAGCCCAAGCACAUUGCUGAGUACAACUUAAACAUGUCAGGGAUUGAUCGAAGCGACCAAAUGAUAAGUUACUAUUCUUCACCAAGAAAAACUAUUAGGUGGUAUAAAAAAGUUAUCUUCCACUUUCUGGAUAUUUCUGUAUGGAAUGCAUACUAUUUGUAUAAAAAAUCCCUGUCAACUAGCAACUACCGUUUUAUUGAUUUUCGUGAAGCCAUAAUUCAAAAACUAAUAUAUUUACCAGAGAACAUUAUUCAUGGAAACCAACUAAUUAAAAAUAAAAAUAUUCGUAGAAAUAUGAAUAAUUUACCAAGACCAACAUCGCCAAUUUUAGGACACAUGCAAGAAAAAAUUCCACAUCCUCCAGGUAUAACAAUAUAAAAAAUAUUUUAAUAUAAAAUGUUGUAAAAUUAUUGUUUUAGGUUGGAAAAGAAGUGGAUAUUUCCUGCGAUGUAGACAGUGCACAAAGCAAAAAAAAGUUAAACAGACCUGGAGGUGCAAAAUGUGUCCUGAGCAACCGCCAUUAUGUCCAGGAAUUUGUUUUUCAAUGUAUCAUAAACUUGAGUAAUAAUCAUAUAAAUAAAACCAAUUUCAUAUUUAUGUUUUAUUCACAAUCCAUAUAAUUGUAUGGGUUUUGUUAUGUGUUUAUUACUAAUUUUUACAAAGUUUGUAUUGUUUUAUUUUAUUUUGUUAUUUUAAGUUUUAUGAAAAAGUAUAUAUUUAUGUUGUUCCUUAUAAUUUUCACUAAGUAUGUGAUAGAGUAUAGGCUUAUAUUGUA